CCAAAAGCCCCUAUUUUACCCCGCAUUUUGUGUUGACGUUCUCUAUUAGUGGCGGUGUCUGGUGUCUGGGGGCCCCCAAGUCACUCGACAUUCUUCAAAUGGUUGGUCAAGGUGUGAAAGUCACGAUACUUGCCAGGAGACCACCCAUGGCUCGGCGAUGACGGGUGCAGCGGGGUCACGGUUGCAGCCCACUUUCUGUAUCCCGCAGACCAUUGCCGAAGUCGUCCGUCAAGCUACGUUUAUGCAGCCGCUGGUCUCCCACGCUCUGCAAGACCCCGGCAGCGACGUUGUCUCGCCAAACCACACAAUCUUCCGCCGACCGCUUGACUGUCAUCGACUCGUUGCGACAAUGAACACCGCGCAAUACAAACUCGGGCCCGAAGCUCGGAACGGCAAACUAAUUGUG